AACUAGGGUUUUGCUGUUAAGUGUUUUACGGUAUAGUCAUUGCUUACUCUUAAAGAGCGCCACCCAAAUCACACACACACACUUGCUUCUUCUUCGUCUUCGUCUUCGUCUUCCAUACUUGCUUUGGGGCUCUCAACCUCUCUUAUCACAUUGCGUCUUCUCCUCCCGAUCCUGCAAUCUUUGUUCUGUUUUUUGAUCCAAUUGAAUUGCAUCCUUAUUUCCGUUAAUUGACUUUGGAGCUUCGAUGAUGGCGGAGACUGAGGGAUCAUUGGCCGAUGAUCGAGAAGUGAUCGGCCGCGCCGGUGGUUGUGGGGCUAAGUCUCCGUGGAAAACAACGGCUUCUCCUGCCGAGAGUGCCGACGCUCCGGUAAUGGGUGCUCACUCGUGGCCAGCGCUCGCCGACGCGCAACAGCCGCGUCCCAAGAAUCCUCCGGCGUCGGCUCCUCCGUCUAAAACCAUUCCAACCUCAAUCCCAGCUCCCGCUCCCGCUCAGGCUGUAGCUGGCCAAGCGAAGUCUAAGCCUAGUGGAAAGGCGAAUCCUGCACACAAGAAUCCAUCUGGGCGUCAUUCAAAGCCAGGCUCCAGGAGCAACCAAAAUGUUCCUCCUCCUCCUUAUCUCGUGCACGCUGUGCCUUAUCACCCACCUCCUUUUCCUCCUAUGGUGCCUCUGCCGCAUGCUACUGGUCCGGAUUAUCCAUAUGCUCCUUAUCCUCCCUUCCCGAUCCCUGGAGCUCCGCCUGCUCCUGUUGCAGAGUCUGGCAAUGAAAAGCAAGUUCAAACUUCCCCUCUUCCACCUGUGCUGCCACCUCCCCAGGUGGAUCCUGGACAGCCCUGGAAGCAUCAGAGGGGUUUUGACCCCAGAAACAUGCCACAUGGUGCUGGACCGAGGAACCUCAUGAGACCUCCAUUUAUGAGUCCAGCUCCUGGGUUCAUGGUUGGUUCAGGUCCAGGCUUUCCCGGACCUGUAUACUACUUGCCGGUUCCACCUCCUGGAGCUAUUCGAGGUUAUCCUCCACGUUUUGCUCCAUACCCUGUUAACCAGGGUCCUCCAGUUCUCUCUCCAGGAAAACUCGACUUAAAGGAUAGAGUCGUAAAACAAAUAGAAUAUUAUUUCAGGCAAGUUAUACUUUUACAUCAAUAUAAAGGAAUAGAUGAUGAAAAUCUUCAGAAUGAUCAUUACCUCAUUUCCUUGAUGGAUGAACAAGGUUGGGUUCCCACUAAAGUUAUAGCCGGCUUUAAAAGGGUUAAGGCGAUGACCAUGGAUGUAGAGUUUAUAGUCUAUGCGUUGGGAUUCUCCACUUCUGUUGAAGUGCAGGGUGACAAGAUACGCAAGCGCGACAAGUGGUCUAAGUGGCUUCCUACAUCCAAAAGGGCAGACUCUGAGGAGAAAAUUGGAGACAGUGACAAAGAUUCCUCCGAGGGUAUAACAAGCAGAGAUAGUUUUAGAAACCCUUCUAAGGGUACUUCGAAUCCUACUGCAUAUGACGGCUCUUCAGAGGGAGCUCAGUCAUCAAGAACCAGUACUUAUGAAAGUGAUAUCCUGAAAUCAUCAUCAGACGAACGAAGAAAGAUGGAUGUCUUGUCGAGCGAUUUUUCAGACACAUUCUUGCUUGAUGAGGAAAUAGAUAUGGAGCAUAAAAGCCCAAGAAAGAGUGGACUUUCCAUGUGCAAAAGGAUUGAGGAUGAAGACGAUGACAUGGCUGUUGAUGAUCAUGAUAUUCAGAAACUUGUAAUUGUUACCCAGAAUAGUGGGAGAAGUGAUGGCACUGGAAUUAGUGGGACUAAAGCAAAAAACAUUCCUAAGGAGCUUGCCUCCACUAUAAACGAUGGUCUUUACUACUUUGAGCAGGAGCUCAAAAAGAAACGAUCUGGUCGUAAAAAGAACAACUCCCAUUUAGAUAGCAGAGAUGGAAAAGUAAAAGCCGGGGGAGGAUUGAACACUAAAUUAGGCGAAAAUUCUGCAGCAAAUGACGGAGGUGAAGAGCAUGGCAACAUUGCUUCACGGAGGAAGCAAAAUAAGGGAAUCCACAAACAUCAUAUGUCCCAAGCACGGAGGUUUUUCUCGGGCAACAAUAGACACCAUGGGGCUAGUCUCAGUUCUCAUGGAGGCAUUUCUGAAAGUCCGCCUAGCAGCUCCAUCGGAUUUUUCUUUGGUUCUACACCACCGGACAGUCAUGGCCCCAGGCUUUCGAAGUUGAGUUCAUCGCCGCAGUGCACUCUUUCUGGAAGCAGUCCACCUGUGGGCUCUUUACCAAAAUCAUUUCCACCUUUUCAACAUCCGAGCCACCAACUGCUGGAAGAGAAUGGGUUUAAACAAGAAAAGUACUUGAAGUAUCGCUCGCGCUGCCUAAACGAAAGAAAGAAGCUUGGUAGCGGAUGUAGUGAGGAAAUGAAUCAUUUGUACCGAUUCUGGUCGUAUUUCCUCAGAGACACGUUUGUUCCGUCAAUGUAUGAAGAUUUCCAGAAGUUUGCUUUCGAGGAUGCAGCAGCCAACUACAAUUACGGGCUGGAGUGUCUCUUUAGGUUUUAUAGUUAUGGUCUGGAGAAGAAAUUCGAUGAGGACCUUUACAAGGACUUUGAGCAGCUAACGCUUGACUCGUACCACAAGGGAAAUCUAUAUGGCUUGGAGAAAUAUUGGGCAUUCCACCACUAUCGAGGGAAAAAAGAACCGAUAAAGAAGCAACCUGAGCUAGAGAAGCUGCUCAAGGAAGAAUACCGUAGCUUAGACGAUUUCCGAGCAAAGGAUUCAGUGACAGGCCAAAAAGAAAACAAGUCUCACUAAUGAUUCGAAGAGCAGAGACAUAUCAUAUGCUUUCCACUGAGCAAAUGAUCCUUAAAAAAUCUUGACCUAAAUUUUUGUGUAUCUCUUCUUCUCGGGAAGAGACCGAUCAAGUGAAGCCGUCACUCUGAAUUUUUAAGGAUAUUUUCCUUGGUGGUGUUUUCUUUUCUCGGAACUUUUUUUCUCUCUUUUUUUUUCCUUUUAAACAUAUUUUGGUGUGCAGGAUCGAUUCCUGCAAGACAAAGAGAGCUUUGACUGAAGAGGCGUUCGUUCUACAGAGAGUUUCGCCCUCUCCUCCCAACAGUUGUAAUCUGUUCUCUUAUUGUAUAUAUAGGAAUUCCAUUUUCUAAUUACUCAAUUUUGAAACUAAAAAAAGAGAGGUGAUUGUAGUGUCUCUGUAGAAAAACAAUAAAGAGAUGUUUGUUUUACUUUACCUUAUUAUAUUUUAUAGAUAGUAUAUUUUGUUUGCUUUUGUAAAUUUUGUCUCCCCGUAGCUUCUUAUUUCA